AAAAAAAAAAAAACAUGACAAACAAACACAGCAAACGUUUUUUUUUUAUUUUACCAAAUGCUGUAGACCGUUUUAAGCAUUAAUGAUAAUUCUCAAAUUGAGCUUUCUCUAUCAUACUUCUAAAGAGUUUACUGUUUUCUCUCUUAAAUUCAAUCCCACUGACACAUAUAUUGAUUGGUGCAUGUUGUGUACCGCUCAGCGCACUGGGUGGCAGCAGCUAUAGCGGACCCCCACUCUCAAACACUGAGGAGGACGUGCACACACAACUCUAAAGUUGAAAUUGUCACCACAAUAGUUGUGCUUUCUCUCUGAAACCCCACAGGACCUGUCCGCAUCUUCUCUGAGUUUGAACUUGUAUUUAAAAAAAGAACAUAUCUCGAGCAGUCGAUUGGUUUUACGGUGGUACAGAUGGAGCAUCUAUACCCAAACGCGUCGCGCAGCGUCACUUCUCUCCAAAGCUCGGCAGGGACGAUGUGGUUCACCGGCGUGGCCAUUGCUUCUGUUUACGGUGUAAUCGGCGUCUUGGGGCUAAUCGGCAACAUCACGCUCAUCAAGACUUUUUGUUCUGCCAAAUCCAUCCGCAAUGUGCCGAAUCUCUUCAUGUCGAGUCUUGCGCUGGGGGAUGUUUUACUGCUGGUGACCUGCGCUCCGGUGGAUGCCAGCCGCUACCUGUCAGAGGAGUGGCUGUUCGGGAGAGUGGGAUGUAAAGUCAUCCCCUUCAUUCAGCUCACCUCGGUUGGGGUGUCUGUGUUCACUCUCACAGCCCUCUCUGCUGACAGGUAUAGGGCCAUUGUGAAGCCCCUGGAUAUCCAAACAUCAAGCACCACUACCAGCAUUGUCCUGCGGGCGGCGCUCAUCUGGCUUGUCUCCCUGGUCCUGGCUAUUCCUGAGGCCAUCUUCUCUGACCUCCACACUUUCAACGUCACCUCCACUAAUGAGACCUUCGUCACCUGUGCCCCAUAUCCCCAUGCUGGGGAACUGCACCCUAAGAUUCACUCCAUGGCGUCCUUCCUCAUUUUCUACGUAAUUCCCCUGCUGGUCAUAUCCAUGUACUACACCUUCAUCGCCCGGAGCCUGUUGAGGAGCGCCUCAAACCUGCCUGUGGAGGGCAACGUGCAUGCAAGACAACAGGUUGAAUCAAGAAAGCGCUUGGCCAAGACGGUGCUGGUGUUUGUUGGUCUGUUUGCAGUAUGCUGGCUUCCCAGUCACGUCAUCUACUUAUACCGCUCCUAUCACUACUCCCAGGUUGACACUUCCCUGGUUCACUUUGUGUGCAGCAUUGUAGCUCGUAUCCUGGCCUUCACUAACUCCUGUCUCAACCCCUUUGCCCUUUACCUGCUGAGCAAGACCUUCCAGAAGCAGUUCAACCAGCAGCUGUGCUGUUGCUGUUGUAUGAUCUUCAAACGCUCCUUACAGAGCCCGUCACAUUAUAACACGCGGGUGACCUCUGUCCGCAGCACACAUCACUCCAUGGCGAGUCUAAGCAUGAUCAAUGGCAGAAGGCUCUAUCAGGAGGAUUGUGUGUAAGGGACAAGAUGUUCUAACUGCCAACUAACAGCAGCAUCUUGGUCAAGGUGUCUGUUAAAAAGAAAGAGAGAAAAUUGUAAAGCAUGCAAGUCUAUGGCCAUGCUUUCGAAACUUGUUAUUUCAGUUCCCUACAUAAUACAAUAAGACUGUUUAGUACGAUAUCAAUUAAAACAAUACAUGUCCAUUCAAUCGAUUGCUCUUUUGGUGAUGUACUUAUGUAUUAAUCACUGAGUUAUACUUGUAGUUUGUAAAAUAUCUUUAUUUACUACAAGCUAUCGGCUAAUUUCAGCAUGCGAACAUGUUCACAAUCGUCAUGCUGAUGUUAAGCCUGUGUUUACUAUGUUCACAGUCACCGCAUAAGACUGUGAAUACAGUCUCUAGUACCUGGAUGGUGCACUCAUAACCGUCAAAAAGUUGAGUGUGGAACGCUGGACACUUCUUAUCCCCAGUGGUUACCAUUUUCGCUACGUAGUGGAAGGGGCAAAUUACAGUUUCUGUGUAAUUUCCACCUUGUAAGAAACGGGGGAAACACAGGCAAUAAAAAAUAGAAGCAGGUAAAUUUUUUAUUAAUAUCGUGAAGAAAUCCAGUGAAAAAUAAGCUGAUAUUGGUGCUUGAUCCGGUUGCAAUUUGAGGUAAAAGGAGAAGGUGACACGGUAAAAUGUUACGAUUGUCAUUUCUGGCAAGUGUGCAAUAGUCGUGCUCGAUUUGAGACGACACUAUGCUGUCAAAAUUGCCGCACUACGCAAGUAAGUAUGUAGUGUGCAUUGUGUACUGUACUAACAGAAGUAUUCGAAUUGAGACACAUCAUUAGUGUAGCAUAUUAGCAUGCUAACAUUUGCUAUUGCUAAUUACAAUCCAUGCAGCAUUAUUAUAGUUUUACUUUAAAAAGUAUCUACUGUUACUGUAAAUUAGUAGGCUAGUAUAUAAAUUCAGUUUUGAUAAGACACAGCUCCCACAAUGACACAAUGAGUGUCCCUUUAAGGGUUUCAUCCAGGCUUACAAACUCGGACAGAGGUGCCAAAUUUGCAAUAGGAGUGACAUGAAAGAGUAGCAUUUACCUUCUGUGAACAAUAAUCAUCUCUAAUGAAGUUAUAUUAUGGAGGUGAAAGGAUAUAUUUUUAGUAGAAACCAGUAUUAAUCUUUACAAACACACUAGGGUCACUAGUACCAAAACAAUGGCGCUUCAAGGAGUCAUGGACCACAUCUAAAUAAUAAAAAAUAACUUUUUUUCAAUUGAUAAAAGGGAUCAAAUGCUUUUGCAUUAUGUUGCCAAAAAAUGAUGGUUCGCUCUAAUAUGUGGUAUUGGUUUAUAUUCUUAUGGAUAUUGAUAUAACAUUCUGCCUGCACCCUGUUGCUGUAUUUGUAUAUAUAUUUUUAAAUAUUAGAUGCUGUGAUAACUGUGACAUUGAAGUGUACAUUCAGAGAUGUAUUUUAAAUGUUAGCUGUCGUCUAGUUACAGAAUGUUUUUGCAGCUGUGUUGUACACAGUUUGAAAAAUUAACCGUGAUUGUAAAUGUAUGUCUUACAAAUCGAAUUUGUAUUUGUGUGUUUGUGUGUGUGUGUGUGUGUGUGUGUGUGUGUGUGUGUGUGUGUGUGUGUGUGUGUGUGUGUGUGUGUGUGUAAACACAAUUUACAUGAAGUUCUCUGGGAAAUUAAUCAGACACUAAGUCUGUCUUUAGCUUAAACAUAUUGCACCAUGAAUUUUUCUUUCCAGUAGAAAGACACAUAAUAUGAAAUCAAUAAAAAUGGCUGUCAAAUUACGGUGCACUAUAUCAUUUUCUACAUUAUAUAGCGUAGUGAAAGUGGAGCCUCAUGUGCGCCUUUGUGCUUUGGUUAUGUUAAGAGUCUUAGUACUGUUGACUGUGUAUACACCACAUAGUUCUUGCACCACUGUGUUCACUGGACAUGAUUAUUCUGCACUGUCACAUGCUAGAUUUACAGGCACUAUAUUACACGGCAAUGUCCUAAUUUGGUGUUUCACAGAGGGAAAGGAUCAUGCCCAGGUUGUGAUGAGUGGGUGUAUAAUUCAGUCUGGAUUCUGUUUGUUUAAUUGUGAUGUAAGCGCCUUGCCAAAUUUCUGUCCUGCAUGGUCUCAACCAUCUACUUAACAUGUCAUCUUUAGGGUCAGGCUGAUUCUGUGUAAAGUCUGGAAUGUAAAUAAGGAUUUGUUAUUAUCUUUUUAAUUUAAGGAAUGAAAGACACACACAUUAAGACUAAUAAAAACACAUUACUAUGUCAUGUGUUUGAAACCCAUUUUAAAAAAGUCUUACAGGAAUCCUGCAGAAGAAUGUUAAGGUCCUGCAGGAUUGUUUAAAGACCAUAAAGGAAUUCCAUAGGAAUUCCCUAACUUU